UUAACAUCUCCAACCACUUUAAUAUGCAUUGGUCAUUUUUUGUCAUCUUGGGGAGAUCGUAUGUGGGUGUUUGUAGUGGGUCUAUUCUUGGUUAGACUAAAUAUUACUUCACUAUUACUGACGGCUAUUUAUGGACUAACGCUUGCGAUUACGGCGAUUGUUUUUGCACCUGUUUUUGGUGACUGGGUAGAUUCUAGUGAUAGGCUUCGUGUUGUGAAAAUCACGCUAGCUUCUCAGAAUUUUCUGGUAAUUGCUUCUGCUGGCGUCUACUUGGUCCUUCUAGAAGUUAAAGUAUCAGCGACCGUCACUGUUGUUUUACAAGUAGUCUUAAUCACUACUGGAACACUUGCCAAUCUAGCAAGUAUCACACAUAAAAUUGCAAUCACUCGAGAUUGGAUCGUUGUUAUUUCUGUUGGCAGUAAAUCUGCUCUAGCAGAUCUUAAUGCCAAGAUGAGACGAAUUGAUCUAGUCUGUGCUAUUGUGGCUCCAAUAGCUGUUGGUCAGCUAAUUGAUUUUUCUUCAAUGCUAGUCGGAGCAAUCUUUAUUGGGGCUUGGAAUGUAAUCUCUUUUAUCAUCGAGUAUUACGUAUUUAUAAAAAUAUACUUGAAAGUACCACGUCUGGCCAUUAAAUUGAAAAGUACAGACGCUGAACAAUGUAAUACUGCGGAUGGAACAGAAUCAGAACAGCAGGGUACCAAAAUAGAGGAAGAAAAUGGACAGCCGGAAGAAGUAGAAAAAGUUAAAUCGGCUGGAUGCACCCUUGAACGUAUCGUAUCAUCUUUUGUGUCUCUAAAGCGGGGCUGGUAUACUUUUAUGCAGCAAGAUGUUACUAGAGCUGGAGUUUCAUUGGCAAUUCUGUACUUGACAGUAUUGGGAUUUAAUGUAGUAACAACAGGCUAUAUAUAUGCUCGAGGUAUUUCCGAAGGUUUUGUUAGCUUAGCUCGCGCAGCUGGAGCUAUUUUUGGAGUCUUAGGCACCUAUAUUUUUCAAGUUCUACGAAAUCGAAUGGGACUUGUAAAGACAGGUCUCAUAUCACUCUUACUGCAAAUAUCAGCAUUGAUGUUUUGCGUAGCAUCAGUAUUUACACCAGGCAGCUCACUUUAUCAGCCAACUAUCAUAGGUAAGAAGAAAGUAACUGAUGCAAUUCCUAUCGGUAAAAUUUUAACCGUUGUGAUAAUAUUUUCUAGAUAUGCUAUUUAUAUGUUAAUAUGCCAUCUUUUUUAUUUUUACAGCGUAAACUGCGAUAGCUUAGUGCCAUCGAUCUCAAUCAUUUUAUUUAUGAUUGGAAUAGUUUGCUCACGAACCGGCUUGUGGAUGUAUGAUUUGAGUACUACACAAUUAUUCCAAGAACACGUUAGUGAGGCUGAACGUGGUAUCGUUGGUGGUGUUCAAGACGCUCUCAAUAACAUUCUAGACCUAAUUCAAUUUGUUCUUGUCUUAAUUCUACCUCAAAUUGAUACGUUUUGGAUCUUAAUUCUUGUAUCCGUUACGUUUAUUAUUUUAAGCUUGUUAGUAUACAUAACAUUCGCCUUUAAG